CUGCAACCCUCUGCAUGUUUGUCUACAAGGGUCUCCCCCGCAUUCAAGUUCAUACUGCUCAGAAACAGUGAGCUUGGAGUGUUCCUUUUUUCUUCAUCACCCUCUGACAAAGAAAUCCAGAUGACACAGAAACCACUGAAGACAAUACCUGGAAAAUGGCAGUUUUGGAAAUAACUUUGGCUGUCAUCCUGACUCUACUGGGACUUGCCAUUCUGGCUAUUUUAUUAACAAGAUGGACACGGCGCAAGCAAAAUGAAAUUGAUGUCUCAAGAUACAGUUCAGAACAGAGUGCUGGUCUUCUGGACUAUGAGGAUGGUAGAGAUGUUCCCUCUCAGAGAUCUGAAAGAGCAAGAGGAUUCCGUCAUUUGUAUUCAACAGAAAGUGACACUUCAUAUGAUGAUCAAGAGGGAUCCAAAGGAGAUUACACACCAUCAGCCAACUCCUUAGCACUGUCUCGAUCAAGUAUUGGAGAACAAAGAGGUGAUGCAAAAACCCUCAAAGUAACUCCAGAACCUUUAUCAGGCUCAGCAGGACCUAUAACUGGAACCAUUGGACCCAUAAUGCAAUUCACAGCACCAAUUCCAGGAGCUACGGGACCUAUCAAGCUCUCUCAAAAAACCAUUGUGCAAACUCCAGGACCUAUUGUGCAAUAUACUGGGCCCAGUGGUGAAACUUCAGAAAUGACUACUACAGGAUCCUCUUUAGGAUCAACUCGUCACACAAACAUCGGAUCAGUUCCACCUGCCCUCGCUGGUCCACCACCUUCAAUGCCCAGAGGUGUGCCCCCGCCUCCCAUAAUGAUUUCACAGAGAACCUCAAGUAAGUUCUUUACUUCUCAGCCUGUCAAAUGUGAGAUUUUUCCCAAGAAGAUAUAUUCUAUUCCUAAAAGAGUGACAAGGGCAAGGAGCUCAAAAGAAGAAGCAGGAAGACCAGUUAGUAGGACUGGAAUUAAAGAACCACCAGUUACAUGUGAGUGUGACAAGAAGCAUAGUGAUCAGGUGAAGGUGGAGAGAAGUCUCCACAUUCCAUUUACUCCAGUGCCUGUUGUAAUUGGUCCAGUUGCAGCUGUGGACAGUUCUGGAAAAAUCACACUAUCUCCUAUGGUUAUAUUUCCAGGUUACAUGGAUGCAGAACUUGCAAAAAAAUCUGAUUUCAAGGCCAAGAUUCUAAAAAAUGGAGCCACUACAAAGUCUGAGAACAGCCAAGAAGAAAACAAGAAAACAUUAAAGAAGGAAAAGCUAGUCACAGAUUCUGAUGAAUCCUUGAACUCAGGGCACAAACCAGAGACAAAAACCAAAGCAAAAGAUACUGAGUUGGAGAAAGGUGAAAUAAAAAUGGAGGUCAAGUUAAAGGAGAGUGACACUAGGAUACCAAAAGAGGAAGACCAGGUAAAGGUGAGUGACAUUGGAAUACCACAAGAACAGGAGGCCCAUGUAGAGGUGAAUGAUACUGGAAUACCACAAGAACAGGAAGACCAAGAAAAAAAAAGUGAGUACGGAAUACUACAAGGGCAGGGAUCCCAAGUAAAGAAGAGUGAAUCCGGAAUAAAACAAGAACAGGGAUCUCAAGUACAGAAGAGUGAGUCUGGAAUAAAAGAAGGACAGAGAUCUCAAGUAAAGAGUGACACUAGAAUACAAGAAGGACGGGAGUCCCAGGUGGAGAAUAGUGAAGCUAGAAUACCACAAAGACAGGAGUCUCCAGUAGAGAAUGGUGAAGCUGGAGUACCACAAGGACCACAGGAGUCCCCAGAAAAGACUAGUGAAGCUGGAACACCCCAAGGACAUGAGUCUGCAGUAAAAAGUAGUGAAUCUGAAAUACUGCUAGUUCAGGGGCCUCAAGUAAAGAGAGAGAGUUCUGAGGAUCAAGGAGAGCAGGGAAAUGCAAGGAAGAAGACAGAUACAGAAGAAAAUGAUGCUCUGAAGAAAAGUGAUGAAGGAAAGCACAAAGUUAAAGGAAAGAAAGAAUCAGAAGUUAAGAGUAAAAAAAUAAGGUUCAGUAAGGGGCAAAGGCAAAUAAAGGAAGAAGUACAACAAAAAGAUGGAAAGAGUAAGGGUAAAUAAAAGGAAGGCUCUUAAGUCAACUGAUUAUUAUGAUUCCCAUCCCCUAGAUGCAAGUCACAACCCAGUUAUUGCUUAAAUGGAUCAUAAUUAGAGAAUCCCUUUAAUUUAUAUGUCUACAAUAGAUGUUUCACCAUUUUAAUCCUCCCAGCUACAAAUCUUGGCUUCCAAUUCUUUGCUAAGUUGAUACUUUUAUGACUUAGUCAAGAAAGAUGAUACUUUCUGAAAUAAAACAUUUUGAGAAUGUUUGAAAUGUAUAAUUUCAAUGUAAAGAAAUGUAUAAUUUUCUUCGACUACUAUUAUAAUUAACUCAGUGACAGC